CAGAGGCUGCUGUAUGGGUAGUUUUCGUAGUUCCUACUACUUUCUGAUCUAGAUCGUACGUUAGUUGCGCAUAAAGCGUGAGUGGGAGUGAUGCUCUUAUCACGUGCAACAAAAAACAAUGGAAAGAAACCUGGGCUAGCAAUUUUUUGUGUGUGUGACGAGUAUACAGGCUUUUAGACGAGGCACAUUAGUUGGCUUAGUGGAGUGUACAGCAGAAGAACACAUCUGGGAAGGGUAUGGUUUUCUCACAGAAUGAAAGAGAACUGUUUACAUUAGCAGAAGGAAGUUAGGCGUCCUUUGUCACUAGUGGGACAACAUUUGAAAGGAGAUGUUUAGUAGGAACUUUUUAUAUUUUAGCAGUGUUGAUAUGCCAACAUUCUCGUUGUUAUUAAAGUGUAAAGGAUUAAAGACCUAAUGUAAUUAUUACUGCGAGUUUGGCUAAGGCUUGUGCGAUGAAGUGCGCGGAAAUUUAUCAAGGUGUGCGAUGUGUCCGUUUUAUAUACAGCUAGGUUUUGUUUCGUUGUAUUUGAAUCAGUCGUACGAUUUAGCGCUAUAAUUGGAGCGUAUGCUUCAAAGAGUACGAAAAUACUAGUAAAGUUAGUUAUUGGAUUAGAAAUAUAUUUCAAAGAGCCAUGAAUUUCCGGACGCUAAUGCGAAUUUAGUGUAUCUAAAUACGUUGACUUAGCAAAGUGAAGACGUGGUAAAAAAAAGAUGCCGCUUGUUGGUUCUGCAUUUUGCUGACUUGUGGAUUUCGCUAUAUUUAUUACAUAAGCAGUUUCUUUUGUGACUCUUACUGUUUGACUUUCUGCUGUGGUUUGUAGGUGCUUGGUAAAUUGUAGUAGCAAUAAUAGGCCUCGUAGUGACUCAAGGCCGACUAAGAUCGUUGAUUUUGGUGUAUUGGACAACGUAUAAUUAUGUGGUGUAUAGGAACGGUCAAAGAGGACCAAAAGGGUGCCAUGUCCAGUGACGGUGUUUUCACCUGCCCUGAAGAUAGCUUACCAUUGGAUUACGCAAAGGUGUAUCCUGAUCCAGAUACCGAGACCACAGUGAUGAGCUCACUGGUUUACUGUAUACAUUACAAGGAAGGCUGUAAAUGGACCGACGAGCUUAGGAAAUUACAGGGUCACUUGAACACGUGCAAGUAUGACGCCGUCCCUUGCUCCAAUCGGUGCGCCGCCAUGAUUCCCAGGCUACUCAUGGAAGACCACUUGUUUUACACAUGUCCCAUGCGGAGGACCAGAUGCGAAUUUUGUAACAGGGAAUUCAACGGAGAAAUGUUGGAAGGUCACGUGGGGAGCUGCCAGUACGAGCCAGUUUUUUGUGAGAAUAAGUGCGGAAUGAAAAUUCAACGCAGAUUUGUGACCAAUCAUCGGAUGAAUGAAUGCUCAAAGAGGCUGGUGCCCUGUCGGUACUGUCAGAAGGAGUUUGUGUAUGAUACCCUUCAGAACCACACAUCCAAGUGUCCGAGGUACCCUCUGCCAUGCCCUAACCGCUGUGAACCAUUAAAGGUUCCUCGAGAAGACAUGGAAGUUCAUCUAAAAGAACAGUGUCCAUCUAUAACACUCCAGUGCGCAUUCAGAGACAUGGGUUGCAAGUUCAAGGGGCCACGUUUUGCUUUGGAACAGCACAUGGAGGAAAGUGCCAACUCCCAUCUUGUUUUGAUGUGCGGUUUAGUAUCAAGACAACAAAACCAGAUCACUACGCUUCGAAAUGCUCUUCAGGCCCUAACACUCAGUACUUCUGGAGAAUUGCUGUGGAGGAUUAGUGAUUUCACUCAAAAAAUGACCGAAGCGAAAUCCAAGGAAGGUUAUGAGCUGUGCAGUACUCCGUUUUAUACCAGCCAGUGUGGUUAUAAACUGAUGGCAACGCUCUUCUUAAAUGGUAAUGGAGCUGGAGAGGGUAGUCACUUGUCAGUAUAUAUCAGGAUAUUACCAGGAGAAUACGAUUCCCUCCUUUCCUGGCCUUUCUCACAUACUGUUUCUUUCACUCUUCAUGAUCAAGCAGCCUCUCCAGAGAACGCCUGCAACAUUGUUGAAAGUUUUGUACCAGACCCUUCUUGGAAAAAUUUUCAGCGGCCCAGCAAAGAGCCAGACAGUUUGGGGUUUGGGUUUCCUAGGUUUGUCUCACACGAAACACUAAGAAAGCUCGACUAUAUAAAAGAUGAUACUAUAUUUAUCAAGGUUAAAGUUGAUUCUAGUAAAAUCGUAGCAGUAUGAAAGGGUUGAUUAUGUAUUUUCUCUUGUAUAUGAUGUUAAGCUUAAUACAUUAGAUAUUUAAAGGCUGUACAGCUAAUUAUUAAAAUAACUGCAAGAUGCGGUAAUGUAAAACAAGAUAGUAUGCGGUGUGAACUGAUACACAGAAGAUGUUAUUAGCUUUGUAAAAUACAACGGCCAAGAAGUCAUACAAAACUUUCUUUGUGUUUUCAUGUCGUAUCAACUUACAUUGCAGUUUCAUACUUGGUUCGUCACAUUAAUAUAUAUUUAUCAAAAAAGUCUUAUUUUCCCUGUCUGCAAAUGUUAUGCAGUUUUUAUUUCUCCUUCUUCAAUGCUUCAGGUUUAUAGAGUUAAGUGAGUGAAUACUAUGUCAGAGUAUACAAUACCUUAAAUGUCAACUAAGGGUUGGUGUUUUACUUAUGUAUAUAUCUUUGUGCUAGUCAAAGAAAAGAAUUCAUCGUAGAUCAUGUAAAUGUGGUAAUAAACAUAGAUGUUGGUAAGGCCUAUGUUAUUCUUCUUGUUUAUGAUGGGUACAUUUUGUUAAGUUUGUAUAAUGACAUCGAUGUAAGAUGACCAAUUCAUUAAGCUUUCAACGUCUAUUUCUCUCUUAUAUAUAAUGACCAAUAAAUGAAACGCGUUUUCAUGUUUGUGACGUAAUUUUUUACCAUGCUCAUUAACUUAAGUUUAUUCGUGUAUUAUCGGAAAAUUGUUCAUGAUAUGAUGUAAAGGUAACCACUUAUAGCAUUUCAUUGCUAUUUUUAAACUUAAUAUUUUACGACGUUUUCCAAUUGCGUGUGUAUGUGUGCGAAAGUGAGCCAAUCAGUAAAUUUAUACCUUAUAAACAAAGAAUGUUAUUAACCUUGUAAAAAGAACCUAAGGUGUAGUACAAAACCAGUCAGAAUAGAUAAAAGCUCAAAGUUUGUAUUUAAAAUCCUAAAAUAAUUGGGAACUUCCAACGUUGAUUUCUUAUAACACCCAGCUGAAGACUUUCAUAUGUAGAUAAACUUAAGGCUUCUGUUGCAUAUUUUGAGAAUUUAUACGUACAUUAUUUCAGCUGAUCAUGACCACAUUCUCUAUUGUAAUAUGGAUACAACGGUUAGCUAGCAGCUUCACCACAGAAGAAAGUAGACUUGUAUAAUUUUUCUUUCCUUGGUUCUCUUGUGGCAAGUAAAACUUUGGCCUAGUUGGUUGAGUAAGAGAUUAUAUAAACUUAAGGUUAAUCCUUUCCUAACCUUGUCCGGAUUUCCCCCUUGUAUGAGUAAACACUUGAGGUUAAUCAUUUUCCAAUUAGCAAGUGAAAUCUAACAAGUAGUCCAGGAAUUGCUGGAUGCAGUUGCCUUUGGGCGAAUAAAUUCGUUUGCCAAUUAGCAAGAAAAACUCCCAGUUUACGUGAGCUUCUGAAUUUUUCCCAUUAUUUUUGUAAGUAGGUAACUAUGCAAGAAGUUAAACGAUACAAAAAUAAUGUUUUUGUAAUAUAAAUAACGAGCUUUGAAAAAAACACAUGUAUGGGUAUUAUUUAAAAGUAACACGACCUGGUAGUUGAAUUAUACCAUUAUAAACCAUUAUAUUAGUAUCACAUGUGAAAUAUUUUAUCAUGACUUAUGUACCCAAUUUUUAGGAAUGACAAAAGAGGAAACGAAAGACCGAUUUGGGUUUCCUUUUAAUUACGUUUUCAACCUUUUUUUAAGAGUGGGAGUUGUAUACAUUUAUGCUACGUCAGGGUAAUGAAUAUCAAGAAAACAUAGUUAUAUAGUGCUGUUUUAUAUUCAAUAUAUAUUAAUUUCUUGUUAUUUGUUACACUUACUCAAGUUAUGUUUAUAUUAUAAUUUCAAGAAUACGUGUAUUUG